GAUUCAUCAUCAUGAAGAACAAUUCUGGAAGUCCCACAUUAUCUGGUGUAUCAUCAUCUGACUCUUGAUCAUAGCUUGAGCUUUCGACUGAAUGUGAGGGAUUGCUGAAGUCACCAAUCAAAGAUAGGGCAGACUCCAACACAUGCCUGCGGCUUGUGGAAAGGGACGAGUUCGAGUCUAGUUCACGUCGGAUUAUAUUGACUUCGUUUGCUGGAUAUACAUACGCAGUAGAGCGGAUGGCUUCAGCGGGCAGAGUCGUUUUGUGUCUCACUUGUCUGGUUCCUUCUAAGGUGCUUGAAGAUAGUCCUCGAGAAGCACCAUGUCCACCGAGACUGAUCCCCGGAUUAGGUGGGCUUCUACGGGAUAGAUCACCAACGCCCCUAUUUCUGCUUCUUGGGUUAGAAUCCCCAGGUCUUCGAAAACGUGAGACUCGAGUGCGGCGAGUCUGCUUGGGUCUCGCACGAAUGCAUGGGACUUGCGCACUCGAACAGCCAUGGCACUGUGGCUGCCGGUCGCACUUAACCUUCCUUGCGUGGCAUAGGUCACACUAAAAGUAUGAGAGAAAGAACAAACACAUUCGUUAGUGCGUCAAUUC